AUGGGAAAGUACAAACCUCACGGAUUGGUUGCGGAUCUUUGGCCAAACGUACGUUUAAUGCAAUUAUCAGGACAUUUUUUAUUCGAGUAUCACGAUAAUAAUUCUGCUAUUAAUGUACUUGCGAGAAAAAUUUACUCUUGGGUUCAUUUGGUAUUAAUAUUAAUAAAUUAUUCGGCCAUAAUUGCAAAUCUUGCUAUGGAAUCCGAUGAUGUAAAUGCUCUUGCUGCUAAUUCCAUAACAGUUUUGUUUUUUGCUCAUUGCGUAACAAAAUUUUUACAUUUCGCAAUAAGAAGACAAAAAUUUUACAGAGUUCUCGGAACGUGGGAUACGCAAAACAGUCAUCCGUUGUUUGCUGAAAGUCACGCCAGACACAGAGCAUUAGCCAUAAGAAAAUCUAGAAAACUUUUAAUGAUAGCCGUUGUGGGUACUCUUAUGACGAUAGUCGGUUGGACGGGGUCGACAUUUUUCGGAGAGAGUACAAAGACAAUUUCGGAUCCGGAAAGUGGAAAUCAAACCAUCACCGUCGAAAUUCCUAGACUUAUGCUUAGAGCUUGGUAUCCUUGGGAUUCUUCCAGUAGUUCCUAUUAUCUCUUAACUUUUUUGUUUCAACUGUAUUGGAUAAUUUUUACUCUAUUUCAUUCAAAUUUAGUUGAUAUUUUAUUUUGCUCCUGGCUGAUAUUUGCUUGUGAGCAACUUCUUCACGUCAAAGAAAUAAUGAAACCUUUGAUUGAUUUAAGUUCAUCAUUGGAUACAUUUAAUCCAAAUUCUGCUGAUCUUUUCAAAAUGACCAAUACUAAUAAUGACUCUGAAAAUUUGUAUGAUUCAAAAAAUGAAAGAUCAAUGAAUAUUCGUGGGAUUUAUUCCAAUAUUAGAGAAUUAAAGGGAAAUAGAAUAAGUGUAGUUAAUCCAGUAGGUACAAUGAAUGGUAUAGGACCUAAUGGUUUAACCAAAAAACAUGAAAUGUUAGUAAGAUCAGCUAUUAAAUAUUGGGUUGAACGCCAUAAACAUAUUGUGAGAUAUGUUAGCAGUAUUGGAGAAGCAUAUGGGUUGGCUCUUCUUAUGCACAUGUUGACCAGUACAAUCACUUUAACCCUUUUGGCAUAUCAGGCAACUAAGAUUGAUAGCUUUGACUUAUAUGCAAUGGCUGUAUUGGGAUAUUUAAUUUACUCACUAGCUCAAGUUUUUGUAUUUUGUACAUAUGGAAAUCAGUUGAUUGAAGAGAGUUCCUCAGUUGUGGAAGCUGCUUACAGUUGUCAAUGGUAUGAUGGUUCAGAAGAGGCUAAAACUUUUGUACAAAUAGUUUGUCAACAAUGUCAAAAAGCUUUAAGCAUAUCAGGAGCCAAAUUUUUUACAGUAUCACUAGAUUUAUUUGCAUCAGUUUUGGGUGCAGUGGUUACAUAUUUCAUGGUUUUAGUUCAACUGAAAUAA